GAGGAGAUGUAAUGGGACGAAAAGUUAUAUAAAGGAUCCUCAACAAGAGAUAAGGAAGUUUUUCGAUAAAGAUGAAGGUGCUAUUGAUCACUUUGUUUCUGAUGGGAUUCAUCUGCUCAGUGUUACCAGCGCCGGUAGACCUGAGGGAAGUGGCGGAGACCUUGAAGGACGUCCUCUUCGACGCCGUGUUCCCCAAGAAGCAGUCGGAAUCUGAACAAACCGGGGUAAGAAAACCUGAAGACAUGCCUGAAGGUGCAUUUGAACACCUAUUUAGAGGAAAUUCGGGACCUCAAUACCCUCCGCACAAGACUGAAGACGAACCUUAUUACUACUGAAGAUUCAUCGGAAGAUGGAAAUAACGCAAGAGCUGUCGUAACAAUGUUGCGCAGUCUCGUAGGUGUAUAAAUGAACAGCAACAUUAUUUUUCUAAUAAUAGAAAAUACAAUAAAUAGAUAAUAUAAAAAAUUGUUAUAAAAAAUCUUAUGUAAAAAACAAUAAACUAUUUAAACAGUGC